GAUUGAUAAAGAGCAUUAUUACACCGGAAGGAGACCAGAAGAAUCAAAUAAUCCAUAGAAAAUGAUUCGAGCAAAUUGCGAGGAGAAGCCGAGAAGAGAGGAGAAUGACAUAGUUUUAAUGCGUUAGCAAUGAAUCGCGUGAUAAAAGCGUACACUUCUCGUCGAAAUUUCGUUAGAGCGAGGAAAAGGAUAAGAUAAAAAAAAAAAAAGAAAAAGAAAUCUAUAAAUCUACAAUACAAGUAAUAAAUAAUACCCAGGCAAAAAGUGAAAAAAAGAUGGACCAAUAUCUUACAACGUACAAAAAAGAUUACCCGUGGCCCGCGACGAGGAUUAAGCGAAAACCAACCGAAUUGGUUGAGUACGGCGCGUGCAAAUGCCGCGAUCUUCCCCGAGAGAUAAAACCCCUCACUCACUGCGGGGACGAUUACGAUUGGAGCCGCACAGGUCCCAUGGGGCGGCUUCUAGAUCCGAAGCUGUAUCCUGCAAAAACUGGCCCGCAUCCGGAAACCGAUAUCACGAAAUUCGACCAGCCGAGCGUAUUCAUGAGAAAGUUAGAGGAAAAAUAUCCUAAUCUGUAUGGAAUUCUGCAAACCACGCCCAUAGACGAAGUGAUUAGACGAGUGGAUGAAGAUCGGUUAAAGACGACUUACCAGUUGGAUUAUUCCGAGAGAGCAGCGAGAAUGAUGGACGAAGCGGCCAUGGGGCCGUGCGUUCUACCCAAGAAAGAAGAAAAGGACAUAGAUUGUCGACCGUCGACUCGACGGCCCAAGAUCAAAACUGCGGAUGCGGUGGAAAAAGUGAAGAAAGCGAUCGAGGACGAACAGGAAACGCGAUUACCUCCCUGGCGGUCGGAAUACCAGGAGACGAUCAACAGAUUAGGCCAAAUGAUUAUGAAGCACAAAAUUCACGGGAAAUGUUCGGUUGGACCGACAUGGGCGAUGAGCGCCUCCUUAUAAAAAAAUUAAAUUGAUUGUAAUCAGUCGA